GCGGUGGGGGUGGGGCGUGGGUUUUAUGAGCAGAAGCCAGAAGAGAUGGGAUGGGCUUCCGUCCAACCAAAGCCCACCGAAACAGUACAGUUGUUAUCCAUUCGACUCGUUAUUCUCGGUCGCUUCCACACCGCCGCAUCGCUGCGGCCUCCGGUCUUAGCGGUGCCUCCCCAGUCCCCGGCGGCCGGCGCUGCGUCCUCUCGGCUUCAUCUCUUUCAGCGCCCCUCUUCGCAGGUCAUGUCCUCGUACUUCGUUGGAUUAGCGACACCGGCGCAGAGAAGGUGUCGCUGGUGCGCUGCAGAGGAGCAGCCACCAGAUCAGAAGAGGACGAGAGCCAGAGCCCAGAGAUCAUACAAAUGAAAAAAGAAAGAGGUGGAUCUGAAAUCCUUAUGACAAAAAUCUUCAGGUGGAGGAGGGUGGGAGGUGGGGGAAUCUACAAUGCGGGAGGAAUACAGAACAGGCAAGCAUAUGUGACCCAUGACUUCAUGAGGGAACAAUCUGGCCUGAGGAAAAAGAAGAAGAAAAGAGGAGAGCUGGUAGAUCUUGAUCCGAUGGCUAACAUUUGUUGCCUGAAAAGAAAACUUGAAAAAUAGGCAUCUGAAUUUGAGUAACUCCCAAAUUUAUUUUCCCUACAGUCUCAUAUUGCAAAGAACUUACCAGCUUUAUAACUGUAGUGAUCGUCUAUUCUAUUUCUACGAUCAGGAGUAGUUUCUAUGGCAGUGAUCUUUUAUUUCUGCAUCUAUAAUCAGAAGUAGUAGUGUGCUGUCUAUGUGAUGUAUAUCCUGUCGACCUGUCCUGUAUGUCUCUAUUCACUUCUGCUAUCAUCCUCACUUUUGGUGCUUACUUAUUUUACUUUUACUGACUUUAGAGUUUAAACAAUCAUAUUUGAUUGCUGAUUCAUGUCUAUAGUAUUAGUUUAACAAUCCCGUUCUUAUUACUGCAGUCCUGAACAAAGUUUCUCUUUUAUUAUUAUCCAUAACAUCUUUUUGUAAACAGACAACAGACAUACAACUUGGUUUUGCUGUUUUCCAGUGCACAAUGUGUUGAACCGCUCGCUUAACUUCUCAACGCCACUGUGCAAGUCCAUCUGGUAUUCUGAAUUCUGAUGGCAGUGACACAAUGACUAGGUUGAUCAGCUCUAGCUACAUGAUGAAGCACCAGCAGCUUAAGGUGUUCCUUUCCAUGCUGGUUACCACAGGCACUGGUGUUCGAGUAGCCAUCUAUCAGUCUACGUGGUUGUUUUCCUACAAACGAAGAUUGCAUCUGCAUGGUAUGAAAUGCUCGAGACAGCAUGAAUUCAAAUACCUCCUGUCCAUGAGAUUUCUUGCUUUUCCAUUGCAUUUUGAGAAAUUUAGGCUAGAGCUUCAGUCCUGUAUUGUCCAUUCAAUUUGUUGUUAUUUUCUCUUGCCAUGCCUUUAUGCUUCUUGGACUUGGAUAUUGAUACAGUUAUAACUAACUACUGACACUGACCUUGGAAGCCAUUUUGAACUAAAGAUGCAGGUUUAGUUUAUAAUUACUGCAACUAACCAGUUUAUAACAUCUGAAGUUUAUUCAUAGACUCCUCUGUUGCAGUUUAUAACAUCUGAAGUUUAAUUUAUAGACUUCUCUGUUCAACAGAGCAUCGAUGGCAUCUGAGUAUUUGUCUAUGAUUCUGAUCGUGAAACUAAUGGUGCCUAUUGGUGAAGACAGUUGCUAGUGAUGAUAACUCCAUCAUAAACUACUUGUCUCCAGCUUGAGUAUUGACUACGGAUAACUUGAGUAAGGGAAGAAAAGUAGAAGAUCCCAGUUGUUUGUUUUGCUAUGAAACAGAGUCUAGUUAACCUCUCUUUUUUGAUAGUGUAGUGGCUAAACAGCUUUGGGCUACUAAAUCCAAGCUGCUUAAAGUAGAGGUUGGUUGUAGGUUUGAUUCUAUUGGCAAGAUGUGGUUUAAUAACAAGAAACUCCUGAUUCAAAAUUGCAUUUC